CUUUUCUGAUAGUGUUAUUGUCUUGAAUAUGCCUCUCAGACUCGAUAUCAAGAGAAAACUAUCCAAUCGCUCAGACCGAGUCAAGGCCGUGGAUUAUCACCCAACUGAACCUUGGCUUCUGGUUGCGCUUUACAAUGGCUCUGUUCAUAUUUGGAACUAUGAAACACAGGCUCUUGUCAAGACAUUCGAAGUGUCUGAACUCCCAGUUCGUACCGCCAAGUUUAUUGCUAGGAAAUCAUGGAUUGUUACUGGUUCUGACGAUAUGCAAAUUCGAGUAUUCAACUACAACACCCAUGAACGAGUCAUCUCGUUUGAUGCACACGCUGAUUUCAUUCGAAUGAUUGCUGUGCAUCACACUUUACCAUAUCUCAUAUCUGCUUCAGAUGACUAUUUUAUCAAACUUUGGGAUUGGGAAAAAGGCUGGCGCAACAUUAUGACCUUUGAGGGACAUACGGAUUUAGUUAUGCAUGUGGCAUUCAACCCCAAAGAUAGCAACACUUUUGCUAGUGCUUCCAUGGAUCGCACAAUAAAGAUAUGGUCGCUUGGAUCUCGCGUUCCAAAUUAUACAUUGGACGGGCACAAGAGCGGUGUCAAUUGUCUUGACUACUAUCAUGGAAGUGACAAACCAUAUCUUGUCUCUGGAGCCGAUGACAAAACUGUCAAAAUUUGGGACUAUCAGAACAAGUCUUGCGUGCAGACCCUUGAUGGACAUACCAACAAUGUUUCUAUCGUGUGUUUCCACCCCGAACUUCCUAUUAUUGUCAGUGGUAGUGAAGACGGCACUGUGCGUAUCUGGCAUGCAAACACGUAUCGUUUAGAAAACACUCUCAACUACGGCAUGGAGCGUGUAUGGGCAGUUGCCUACCUCAAGGGCAGUAACGAUCUUGCAUUUGGUUACGAUGAAGGCACAAUUGCCAUUAAGCUGGGUCGUGAAGAACCAGCUGUUAGUAUGGAUGCCAGUGGAAAAAUCAUUUGGGCUCGCCAUUCUGAGAUUCAGACCUCCAAUAUCAAGGCAUCUGGCGAAGAGGUUCAUCUUGAAGAUGGCGAGCAGGUGAUUCUUCCUGUCAAGGAUCUUGGUAGCUGUGAAAUUUACCCACAGACACUUCAGCAUAGUCCGAAUGGCCGAUUUGUGGUUGUAUGCGGUGAUGGUGAAUAUAUCAUAUAUACGGCUCUUGCAUGGCGCAAUAAAAGCUUUGGACAGGCACUCGAGUUUGUAUGGGCCAUGGAUUCCAAUGAAUAUGCUAUUCGCGAGUCAUCAUCUAGCGUCAGACUAUUCAAAUCAUUCAAGGAAAAACCCGUAAGCAUCCGACCCAGUUAUGGAGCUGAAGCUAUUUUUGGCGGUGCAUUAUUGGGUGUGCGUAGUAGCUCGUUUUUAAUCUUUUAUGACUGGGAAACUGCACUUCCAGUCCGUCGUGUGGACGCUGCUGUCCGUAAUGUGCUUUGGUCAGAGUCUGAUCUUGUAGCCAUUGCCAGUGAAGAGUCGUUUUAUGUUCUCAGAUUUAACCGAUCUGCCUAUCAAGCCCACAUUGAAAGCGGCGCUCAGGUUCAAGAGGAUGGAUUUGAAGCUGCCUUUGAAUUCGUUACUGAGAUUUCCGAGAGUGUUCGGACUGGCUGCUGGGUCGGUGAUUGUUUCAUCUACACCAACGUAGCAAACCGACUCAACUAUGUUGUUGGAGGACAAGUGGCUACACUGUCACAUUUUGAUAACAACAUGUACCUCCUCGGUUAUAUUCCUCGUGACAACCGCAUCUAUAUUUGCGACAAGAACCUUGCUGUCAUGAGCUAUUCAUUGCCACUUUCGUUGAUUGAAUAUCAAACUGCAGUGAUCAGAAACGACAUGGAGCAUGCUGCUCGUGUGCUACCAUCAGUUCCUGUUGACCAGCACAAUCGUAUUGCUCGCUUCCUUGAAGGUCGUGGGCUUAAAGAAGAGGCCCUUCACGUUUCGACCGAUACGGAGCACAAAUUUGAAUUGGCAGUCCAACUUGGACACCUUGAUAUUGCGUACGAGAUUGCCAAGACAGCCGCGCAUGAUCAAAAGUGGAAGACCAUUGGCGAUGCUGCGCUUUCUGCAUGGAAAUUUGGACUGGCAGAAGAAUGCUUGCAUCGUGCUCGGGAUUUUGAAGGUUUAUUAAUGAUUUAUCAGACAUCUGGUAAUGCAACAGGAUUGGCAGAGUUGGCCACCAUGGCGGUUGAAGCUGGAUCCAACAAUAUUGCAUUCGUAUGCUUUCUUUUGCUUGGUCAGACCGAGCAAUGUGUUGAUCUUUUGAUCCAUACUGGUCGUAUUCCUGAAGCAGCAUUAUUUGCGCGCACCUAUGCACCUAGCCAGAUCAAUCGUGUUGUUGCGUUGUGGAAAGCAUCUUUGGAAAGUCAGGGUAAACACAAGUCGGCUGAAGCACUUGCCGAACCCACUCGCUAUCCAAAUCUCUUUUCUGAUUUUGAAUAUGGCUUGACUGCGGAAAUGGGUUUUAAGCGUCGUCGUGAUCGUGGACUUGUUUCGGCUGGAGAGUAUGUUGAAUGGAAGGAUUCGCUGGACUGGGAUGUGAUUGGCCAAAUCAAAGAGCGAUAUCCCAAUGGAAUUCCGCCAGAACUGAGUCAGCAGCAGCCAUCAGCUUUAACAUCUCCUGAUGGACUUGGUUCGCAGAGUGCACAGAGCAUGCGAAGCAAUACCAGUCUAAAUGAUCCCUAUGCAUCUACUUCCACUUUAGCCAAAUCUGAUGUAAAUGGUAGUCAAGCUGCGCUUAUAUCACCUGUUCGUUCUGCAUCACCAGCUCGUCGUACGCCAUCGCCGAAUCGGAUGAUUUCGCCCAUUCGCGCUGCACAAACAUCUCCUGCUUCAGUGUCUAAUGCUGCCUCUUUUUCACAGCCAAGUGUCAUGCAACCUCAGCAACACAGUCAAUCUGGCUCUUUUGUUUCGAAUCAAUCAAAGACAUCGAAUGUGUCGUUUGAGGCAUCACAUCCACCUCACCCAACGCUGCUGGGUAAAACACAUCUCACCGGUAUUGCUACUGACGAUAGACCUGAUGGUCUUUCCGACAGUCUGAGUCACCUUAGUCUAGAUGUCAACACCACUGGCACAGGAUCACUUCGUGGUGACAUGGAUUUUGAAGAUUUUAGUUCAAUUGGAAACAGUACAACAGCCAAUGAUGAUCUGGCUGCAUUGAACGAUGAUGAGAUUGAUGCGUUAUUGAUGUGAAUAUCCUUUAUUGAUGAUGACUUAAUACAUUGGUUUUAUUGUUUUCAA